CAUGAACCGCAGCCUGCCAGACAGAGCGCUGCUCAGCUAUGCGAUGGAUGGACAGCGGGACAGGUUGUGCCUUCAGUCUCUUUGGGACUUUGUCACAGCAAAGGAGACAUUGAUCAAGUCACCAUUUUUUCCAGUGCUGUUUUCUUUUACAGCAUACAUGGCUUUCUGUCUUCCAUAUAUUGCACUGGACUUUUUAAGCACUAGACUACCAAAUCUGAGAAAAUACAAAAUCCAGCCGCAGAACUAUCCAACUCUUGGAAUGAUGGUGCCUUGCAUUAUUCAAAGCGUGUAUCACCAUGUUGUUUUCAUCUUCCCGGUGACGUUUCUCCAUUGGUACUGGAGACCAAUGAAUCUACCAGUGAUAGCUCCAGAGCUUCCUGAGGUCCUGCUGGAAGUAGGAGUUUGCCUGCUUCUGUUUGAUUUUGAGUACUUCCUGUGGCAUUUGCUUCAUCACAAGGUGCCUUGGCUCUACAAGACCUUCCACAAGGUGCAUCACAAGCAUGUGUCAACGUUUGCUCUUACUACACAGUAUUCCAGCAUAUGGGAAUUGCUUUCGCUGGGUUUUUUUGCUGCUAUCAACCCAGUGCUCCUCGGAUGCCAUCCUUUGACAGAAAUGAUUUUCUUCCUUGUAAACAUUUGGUUGUCAGUGGAGGACCAUUCAGGAUACGACCUUCCAUGGUCAACUCACCACCUUGUGCCUUUUGGUUUGUUUGGAGGAGCACCACAUCAUGAUCUCCAUCAUCUGAAGUUCAAAUCAAACUAUGCUCCUUACUUCACCCACUGGGACAAACUCUUUGGGACAUUCACAGAGUCGCAUUCUAAUUAAGGAUAUUUCCCUGUGGAUGAACUCUUAUUUUUUAUAGACUAAACUGGGACAUUGAUUUUUCAAAGACAUGCAGAAAAUUGUGUAUUUGAAGCUGCCUGUAAAAACAGUAGUUAUUUAUAACAAAUCCCCUUAAUAUAUGUGUAUUUGUAUGUAUAGUUGGAACUGCCUAUGUUAAAUGACUGCAAAUGAGAGGGUAUAUAUCUGUUGCUUAAAUUUGUUUGACUCAGAGGUGUAAGGGAAGCAUUAAGAGACAUUCUCUCUUCUUUCCUUCUUUUCAGCUUUCAUAAAGCAUGUAUUGUAUUACUGUAUGAUGUUUUAUACAUACGCCAGAACAAUUAUCUUACUGUUGUAGGAUGAUUUAUGAUGUAAACAGAAAAGGUACACAUCAUGGAUUUUGUGGAGUUUAAUCUGCCAGAGUAUAUUAUUGCACAGUGAUGUUGUAAAAUAUUGCUGCCAAACAAAGCUAGUUGGCUAACUCUGCAAUAAUUUUGAUAUUUAUAUUUUAAACCUUGAAGUACUGUCUGUUUUUAAUAGAAAAUAAAUAUGGUCAUUCUUU